GCCUCUCCUCAUUGGUCAUCUGCUUUACUAUAAAUAAUGUGUAACACUGGCUAUAAAAGCCCAGCUUGGUUUUGGUCAGAAAUCCUCGUGGUCAGAAUCAGGUGCUUUGUGGUGGACACUGACCAUCCUGAAGGAGAGUUUAAACAAAAUGAAGAUUUUAAUUGUUUUUGUCCUUCUUACACUGGCUUUCAGUGCAUGUGAUGCUAAAUCUCCAGGUUUAAAAAAGUGCUCGGAAGGUUGGACAGGAUUUGGGAGAAAAUGCUAUACAUACGUAGCUGAAGUGAAGCCCUGGGCUGAAGCUGAGCGUUAUUGUCAGGCUCUGGGAGGAAACCUCGCGUCGAUCCACAGCAACCAAACUCAAGCUCUUCUCAAGAAAAUGGGGAAAAUCUCCGGCAGCUACAAGCGCACCUGGAUCGGAGCUCAGGACGCCACUCAGAAUUCCGUGUGGCUGUGGAGCGACGGCUCCGUGUUCGAUUUCAGCUUGUGGCAUUCAGGAGAGCCGAAUCACGGACGAGGAGGAAGGGAACACUGCGUAGAGAUGAACUAUGGAGUUGAAGUGCUGUGGAACGAUGCCCAGUGCAGCACCAACCUUUACUUCCUGUGUCAGAAACCUGCACACACCCCACCCAUCUGUAGGAUCUAGUGACCGCUCAUAACUGCUCAUAACUGCUCAUAAAUGCUCAUAAACGCUCAUAACUGCUCGUAGCUUCUUUUUAUCCAAAUUAUUUCUUCUUAUUUUCAGUCACAGCUACUGAAACAUUACUCACAAUAUUACAAUAAAGAUGAAUGAUGAAGCCUGA